AACUAUUAAAGCACUUCGGGAACCACGAAAUGCCAAGCGUAAACAAUCUCAUUACCUCUCUGCUUAAAAUAGUACAAGAACCUUCAUUUUCUGCAUUUGUGAUAUAAUAGUUCAUCAUUUUCCAAGAAUAAGAAUCUGCAAAUUCUCGAACUGUCGAAUCUAUUUAUUCUGUCAGCGAUACAGUGAGUGACGCGCGAGGAACAUGUGUGGUCGAUCAGCUUGCACGCUGAACCCCGAUACUUUGCGUCGUGCUUGCGGCUACAAGGAUGCAGUCGGCAAACGACGCACAACCUCGUGGACGAAAAGCGACGUCGAGUACGUUCCGUCGACGAACAUCGGGCCGAAGGAUGUUUUACCGUGCCUUGUCGCUGGUUCACAUUUUGACAGCAAGGACGAUAGAGUCCUUUGUGCCAUGAUGUGGAGCAUGAUUCCACCCUGGCACGAGGGAGAUUAUAAGAAGAAUAAUUUAUUAACGCACAACGCGCGCUUGGAGAAUAUUAGCAGUUCGAAAUUGUACAGCGGACCGCUUCGCAAUGGACAGAGAUGCGUUGUAGUUUGCGAAGGGUAUUACGAAUGGAAGGCUGGAAAAUCGAAAAAAGAUCGUAAACAGCCUUAUUAUAUCUAUGCUCCUCAAGAUAAAGGUGUUAGGGCAGAUGAUCCUUCGACCUGGAAGGAUGAAUGGUCCGAGGAGGAUGGUUGGAGAGGAUUAAAGACUUUACAGAUGGCUGCGAUUUUUAAUCGCUUUAAAACUGCAGAGGGCAAAGUAAUAUAUAGCUGUUCAAUAAUUACAACUGAUGCGAACAGUGUGAUCUCUUGGUUGCAUCACAGAGUACCUGUGUUUUUACAAAAUGAAGAAGAUACGCACGUUUGGUUGAAUGAAAAGCUAUCAGUAGCCGAAGCUAUUGACAAAUUAAACAAAUUGACAUUAUCAAGAGGUGAUUUAAAUUGGCAUACGGUAUCAACUGUUGUAAAUAAUGUAUUAUGCAAAAGUGAAGAUUGCAGAAAAGAGACGAAAGAGGAGAAAAAAAACAACCCUAGUAGCUUUAUGGCUUCUUGGUUGAAGAAGGGGUCUGCAGAAGCAACUAAGAGGAAAGCUAUAAAAUCUGAAAAAGAUGACGAAAUCGAUGAAAAGAUCUCAAAAAAAGAAUAAACUUACCAUAUACGUAAUGAGUGCAGCAGUUUCACGUACACAUGCAAUGAAUCAAAGAAGCCUCAGAACAAAAAUCUGAACCGCUACAGAGAUGUUUUGCCAUAUGAUCACAGUAGGAUCAUCCUUAAGCGAGGUCCGUGUGACUAUAUCAAUGCCAACCUUAUAAAGGUAGACCGUGCCCGUAGACAAUACAUCCUUACACAAGGACCAUUAGAAAAUACUGCUGGCCAUUUUUGGCUAAUGGUAUGGGAGCAAAAUUCUAAUGCUGUGUUAAUGUUAAAUAAGAUAAUCGAGAAGAAUCAUGUUAAAUGCUAUCAGUAUUGGCCUCUUGCGUGCGAAUCGAACGAUACCAUGGUAUAUACAGACGUCGAUAUAAAAGUGAAAUGUAUCAGUAAAACAGAAUCGUCCGAUUACACAACUAGGAUAUUGAAGUUAACUGAUGUGGAAACGAAUGAGAGUAGAGAAAUAUCACAUUUUCAUUACACUACUUGGCCGGACUUCGGUGUUCCACAAAGUCCGACGGCUUUUCUACGUUUUUUAACUGAUGUCAGGCAAUCGGGGGCGUUAGAUCAAAAUGUUGGUCCUCCCGUGGUACAUUGUUCUGCAGGAAUUGGAAGAUCAGGGACAUUUUGUCUAGUUGAUACGUGUCUUGUUUUGAUUGAAGAAAAUGGAUUGAAUUCGGUAAACGUAAGGGAAGUUCUGAUAGAAAUGAGAAGACACAGAAUGGGUUUAAUUCAAACGCCGGAUCAGUUAAGAUUUUCGUACGCUGCUAUCAUCGAAGGAGCAAAACAGUUGCCAUCGAAUAACGUGAAUAUUAAUAACGAAGUAGUUACGAAUCACUACGACGUGGUAAGUAAUGUUAGUAGUUCUUCGAAUGAAGACGAAGACGAACCACCUCCUUUGCCACCUCCACGAGGUGAAUCCUUAACACGUAGCAUGAUGGCAGAUUUAACUUCGAAUACAGUAACGAAAAAUGAUGAAGUAAGUGGACCACCAGAUAAACCGUUGCCUAGAGAACCUUCGAUUCCUACGGAAGCAGCUGCCACCAAUCCACAGAGUAAUGCAAACUCCACAGUAGUCACGAAUAACGUGCACGAGCAAAACUCUGAUGGUAUCGUAGUGUCUAACGAUAAUACCAGUGACGGCGAAGACUCUGUGCAGACGAACAGCCCUUCGUCUAGCCCAGAUGCGAAAAACGAACUACGUCAUCGUAACAAAGAGAAGAAGGAACGUUUGGCAGCACAAGUACGCGAGAUGAAGCGCCGACAAAAGGAGACUGAAGAAUGGCAGAAGCUCAAGAGGUCAUUAUUUAAGCCCCUUACAAUAGGCAUAGGCGCCGCAAUCGUUGGUGGGGGUAUUAUAGCAAUCUGUGGCUAUUUGUUCAUGCGUGGUUAGGACCGAAUUGUUUCUCUAUGUCACACGUGUAUAUGGACCAUCGAGCUUGUCAGUGAUAAUAGAUGAUUCGCACACACGAGAAUAGUUACUUUCACCACGAGAUAAUUAACAGUUCCAUUGCACACGUCGUUGAUUGGCGUUUCGAGAAAGAGGAAGAGAGAUAAAGGGUAAUUAAUGCAGGGAGAAGCAUUUGAUGUUAAGUAAUACAGAGCAAAACACAUAUACACACACUGAGUCGUCGUGAGGCGUUGUAUCAAACGAGAGAGACCAUCAAUUGAGUCGACAAAAGGAGAGAUACAUGCGCUGGUUAUAAAAGGAACAGUUAACGAGAAGUAACUUAUUCUGAUGAGGUGCAUUUUGUAAAGAGCAGUGUUGCACCAUACAGGAGCUAAAGAAAAGGAGGGAAGCAUUCUGAGAGUCGAUGAAAUCGAAAGAUAAGAGGGAGAUCUAUUUGUAUUUUUGUAUUGUGAUUCACUCAAUGAGUAUGUAGCGUACUAAAAGGUAUACAUUUCUUUUUUAAGAAAUCCUUUCGUUAGGUUUCUGUUAUUAGAAUCAUGUUUGAAGGAGCCGUGUAGAUCAUUUUUAUAUCAGUGUUUUUUCGAUUAUAUGGUUUAAUGAGAAGAGCGUUAGCUUAGAUUUUGACUGCGUGCAAUUUUCCUGCUCUAAUUUGGGGGGCACGUUUUUACUUUCCAUUUGCUCAAUAGCGAUAAAGUGGAUUCUAGAAAUCGGGAAAGGAAGCACGCGUGAAAAUCUAAACCAAGCGAACGGUCAAUGUCUUCAUAUCCAUGCAUGAUAACGAUCGUGUAAACUCUUAUAUAUUAUAGACGUUACACACGAAGUUUCUUUAAGUGAAAUCGACUAUUUACAAUCGAAAGUAAUAAUCAGUACAGAGGCGAUUAAAAGUAUUAAUUAGCUACCAUUUUUUUUACUUCUUACAACACUUAAAUAAAAAUUUAGUGUUGUUUUCUUUAAUUUAAUUAAUACAGUUUUUUGUUAUCGAUAUUUAAUUUUUAACAAUGAAUUUUUAAUCAGGGAUGAGACAAAUCCUGAGUCCUUAAUAAGUUUCCCUUAAAGUGGUAUACUGUUAGGAGUUAUAUUAUUCAGGGUACCAAAAUCUUUCGCUUAGCGUUUGUAAGCACCCGUUCAUCAUUGCUAGAAUCUAAUUAAAUAUUAUUCGUGAUAGACGUAGAAAAAUGUUAAUGAACUUUAUAUGAUUAUUAUAGCACACUAUACGAAUGUUUUCUUUAUAAACAAUUUUUCCAUCAAAGUAGAGUCCAUUAUUCAAUAGAACGAUUACACGGACGGGGCAAAAAUUGAACUUAUAGCGAUGCCUGUGACGCACCAUUUGACAGUAGUCCGAUAUCAUGCAGAACCACCGAAAAAGAGUGCCGAAAAAUGUAUCAGUGCUUUUUGAUCAAUACGUUAUUAAUAAUCAAGGCAUUCUUCCUCGAUGAUUUCUGUGUACUGAAAACCAUCGAUUUCGUUCGAAACUUGUUCCUGGGGCUAUAGAAAACGACGAACGUUUCGGUUUUCUCUCUUCCCUAGUAGAAACUAUGUAACACAUAAUUCCGUUUUAAUAUGGCAACUGGUGCCUUCGAUGUUUGGAUGCGCUUGCAUCUGUAACAAAAUUCGCGCAAUUUCUUAAAGUAAACCGUUUGUAAAAUGAGUCACUUUGUACUCGAUAGUAGUUUGAGAGGAUCAUUUUUUACACAGGAUGAGAAACACGCGACUGGUAUACGGACGAUGGAUAAUUAACGAGUUUUCGCGUGGUGCCGAAGUAAUUAGCAACGAUGUAAGAAAACUUGUUACGGUGCUCGUCACACGAUGUCCCAAAUAUUAUCGUGUCUUGUGUUUAUUUUUUUUCUUAUUACGUGCGAGAAGAAUAUCGAUUCGAGUGCCAAACAGUGAGUAGCCAACGAGAAUUUUUUAUGCGUAAAUUAGUUAUAGAAUCUGAUGUCCCAUCGAAUCGGUUUUGAUAAUGUUGAAUUGGGUUUAACAGAUUUUAUUUUAUAUACUCUCUCGAUUCUUUGCGCUGAGAACUACGAGCCCAGAGUGCCGAGAGCUAAUUGGAAACGAAUGAAUAAAAAAGAAAAUCGAAUUCUAACGAAUUUGCUCAAUAACUGAGCUAUGCGGAAAGACUGAGUACGUCUAAUUACUUCUAGAAAAAAAUGAGAAUUGAAAGAAGUAAGGAUCGCGUAAAGUGUUAGAAGGAAAACGAAGUCCUCUACUUUUAAGCUGAGCUUUUACGUAAGUCAUCGCGAUCAUCAAUCUCAGAAGAGUUAACGGAUCGUGUUCCAAGAUGAAGUUUAAAAUGAGAGGCGAGAAUCCCCGCUUCGAGAACUUUUUUACAAAAGAAAUGAACACGAACGAAACGUAUUUUGUACUUUUGUACUACGUCGCUAGCUGUAGAUUACAAUUUGGAAUACGAUCUUCACGUAUGGACGUAGAAUCCUUGAUGCAUUCGUAUGUUCAUUCACGAUGCACCGAGCAUAAUCACGAUUUUAUCCAAGAAUAGAUGUCAUCACGUUUCCAUUCGAAGCGAUGUUUUAAAAAACGUUCUCAAUGUUAAAUAUACAGUAUUCUGUCAUCGAUGCAACAUACAGUUCACUUUUCUGUGUAUGUGUGCGCACCAAUUGUAUUGUUACCUGAUUUUCACGUUUAUAUUAUUGCCGCGCGUUCCCUUUAAAAAUUCUUCAAUCUCCACCGACUUUUUAAUUAACAGACUGCGGAUUUUUAUGAAGAACCACGUAAGUGUGCACAAAACAUGUAAAGAACAGUGAAAUGAAUUGGCAGACUCGGGGUUGUAUCGAACUAUAAAAAUCCGCAGUUUGAUAGGAAAAAAAAUGGGAACUUCCUCAGAAAUAGAAGAAGAGUGAAUGAUAGGAUGUGUGUGUGAAGGUGCGAAAGUGAAGUAAAAAAAUUCCGGAGAACUACGAAAGACACGGUGCUAAUUAAAAGUUCCAAAAACAAGAAACGAAGAAAUGAGAAGCAAAAAGAAAGAAGAAAACGUGACACGCCUCGAAGUGCAUGAAUGCGUGAGAGAGCGAGCGUGAACCGAAGAAGUGUGAGAAUAAGGAAAGAGACAAAUUAAGUGUAACGAUUUCGUACGAACAUUUUCCUACAUUUCGUCUCCUAGAAGAUUAAUAUAAGAAAGAGAAAGAAAGUUUUUAAAGGCGGUACCUCGCCGAUCGCGGUAGAAACAUUUUUUAUAUAAAAAUCGGACGAUCGGAUUCGAAGGAGGAUUUAAAAAAGAAAAAUGAAGAGGGCAGGUUUUCGUGUAAGACAGUAUAUCCGUUUCUCUCUCCAACCGGUAAAUCUCUCUCCGUCGUGUACAAUAGACGAUAAAAUGUUUUACGAUAUUUAAUGAUUAAAAAGGAAACCGCAGGAAACAUAGCUAAGUGCCUACUCGUAUGAAAGAGAAGGAAGGGAAAAUGGAAAAUCCAUAGUGAGAAUAUACGUAUACCGGUAAUAGCGUUUUUUAAAAUGGUCACAGACACUUUUUACGCAACCCCCUCGCCUUUUGAAAGUGCGUAGGUCAUCGAGCAAGUGAAUCCUUUAAUAUCCGACAAUAUAUACUUAUAAAUAUAUAUAUAAUAUAUAUAUAGUAUAUAUAUAUUUAGAAAUAGAUAAUAGUUCCAGUAAAUCUAUUGCCAGGUGACUGUCGAGCGAUCCGACCACGAGAUUUUUUACCUUCGUAGAUAUAACAUCACUCAUAAUUUAUGCCACGAGAAUCGUAGUGGUUUGAAUUAUUAUACCGUAGUCAGCAACUCACUUCCUGAAUGAAACACCAACUUGAUUUAACGCUCCGCUAUGAUUCUCCGGAAAUGCAAACGCAUACAAUUGUCCAUUAAUGAAAUGUUGUAAUCGGAAUAUUCUCGUGGUUCGACAGUCGCACUGCAUAAAACUAAGAAUCGAGUUGCGCAAACGAAACGUGAAAUGAAACCAGUAAAACGAAAAUCAGGGGUUAAAAUAGCGAUCCGUAAUUGUCCCUUGUUGGACAAAGCGAACGAAAUACGGUAGGAAGUUACUUCUCCUUAAAAAAAAAAAACUGCAUCCUCGCGACUCGACUCCAACGCAGUUAACUAUACUCACAAUGUACCGUCGUAGAUUUUUGGUAUUUUAAAUGUAAGUCUAUAAAGAAAAAAACGCGAGAACACAUACACGACAAUGUGGAAAACAUACGUUAUACUUGGUAGAAUUAGAAGGAUCAUAGAAGAGGGUCGAAAGAAGUGAAAUGAGAAAACGAUUCGAAAACGAAACAGAAGAUUUCUUGCAGUCUGUCUAAUUGGCUACAGAGCAAAUGCGAUUUCAUGGUCACUUCGCUUCUUUACAUGCCCCGGCUAGAAGAGAUUAGAACCGACAGGAUAAGGAAUGGCAUGAGGAAACCGGCUUGCAUGCAAUAAAAUUAAUAUUUAAGCGGCAACAGAAAUAAGAAAGUGUGGCCACGUCGAUGCCCUCACGACGCAAAUAUUCUUCUUUUUUUUACUACCGAAUUGUAGAGAGCAAGAAAUGAAAAUAAGCAAGAACUCGUAGACGAGGUUCCCCGAUUGCAUAUUUAGAUCAAUACAGGAAAGGAUUUUUUCGUA